AUGUAUCAGAGCCAUCUCCUCCACACAUCCCCGGGGUUCCCAGGCGCCAAAGCUACGGUCGACGACGGCACCGCACUCCUCGCCCCAGCAUUUGAAAUGAGCGACUUACCACCCUCCCCGCGUCCCAGUCCUAUGUAUGAUGGCAAGAUGGGCGAUAUAGCCUCUGCCGCCCUCUCCGCAUCCGACAACCCGUGGGAGAUAAGUAAGGCCGUCAUCUGGCAAAAAGUGCUGGCGACGAGCAACAGCCCAGCUCUGAAUUUGAUGGCACCGCGGCCUACGGGCAAGGACAAUAUUCGAAGCGUGCAGCUGAGACAGCCCAGGGCCAUCAAUUGGGCGCGUCCCAAUCUUGUGGCUGUGCUUAUCAACGCUACUGGCACAGCAUCUCCACAGCAGUGCGAUGACUGUGUGGUUGGAAACGGACCUUUUCAAAUGUGUAUGCAGAAUACUUACAACCACGUAGAGGCUACAACGGAGUCCCACAAACGGAAGGGCGAAAAUGCGACGACAAACCCCGCGCCGCAGAAGAAGACGGCCCGAGACCAGGCAUUAUCAGCGACCACAAACCCGAUCCCGCCGGCAACAGCCCCACUUCCGCCCCUUCAUCCGUUUGCGGGUAUGAUGCCGUGGCCUAUGAACCCUGCAACCCCAGUAUAUCAGCAAUAUUAUCCCGUUCAACAGCCGACCGCGCCGCCUCCACCCGCGCCAGGAGGCUUGUUAAUGCCCGACCUCACGGAUCUUAGCAACCAGGAGAGGCGCCGUUUCGCCUCCAUACUACGGGCUUUGGCGCAAGCCAUAGAGGAUAGCGGCGCAGAGAAUGAGCAGCACUGA